CAUCCUAUCGAGGUUGAAAAACACUUUUGUAUGUUCCGUAGCAAAAGCCAAAUCGAGGUUGAAAUGCGUGGAGGCGUUUCUAAUUGUUCUUUUGAAAUCUUUGCAUCGCAGGUUGCAAGUCUCCUGUUCUCACGUCAGUCCUAAGACUCCUAAAAGCAGCUGGUCCCUUCGCUCUCUACUCGGAAGGAAAAACGAGUUGCUGAUCCAAUCGAUGACUAGUGGUGGAUGAUGCUCGGCUUUCAUCAGGAUGACAGGGAAUAAACUUCAAACCGUAUUUCAUUACCGACAGGCUUGUCAGUUUGAGCAGCUUCGUUUUGGGAUUGUUACAGCUAACAGGUCCUCGCCGGCCGCCUCCUCCGGUUUAGUUGAGUUUUUUUUCUUCGUUUUCCAGUACCUCUCUAAUCGUGGUUCUUAUAGAAUUGGAGCGCUGGAUGUACGUGUUGUAAGCCACCAGUAAGGUUGAGAAGCCAGAUUUCCCGAAAAGAAUGUCUACUGUACACCUGUUUUUGCUGCUGCUGCUACUUCUUGUGCAGAGCCCGGUUCCCCUGCAGGCAGAGCACAAGAUCUUCGACAGAGGAGCAGGGACUUCUUUCUCUUCUGCAACCGUAAUAAACAGGUCCAGAUGCAAGUGUGCAUCACAAUUGGAUGCUGCCAUCACGUGUGCAGACAAUUCUCAGGAGAGAGCAGUAGCACCACUUCAGUAGAGCAGCAGCAGGAACCUCCAGAGCUGGCAUCAUUUCUUCAGUAUGCCUCACCGACGCAGCAAGAGUGUCAAGUUUUAGCUCUGGAGGAGCAGCGGAAUGACAACGCCGCAGUCGUUCCCAGAAGUCUGGAGUUUAAUCAGCAGGCCCUCUUCUCUCCGUCGAUAAAGUUUCUGACGAUACUGAACACUGACAACAGCUCCUGGAUCAAAAUUCUUCAGGCUACCAGCACAGACAAGCAGUUUUUUAUCCAAGCUCUUGACGAGAAAAGCGUCGUAGCUCCCGGCGAGAAUCUGACAGUGGCAGUUGUGUUCUUGCCCCGGAAGACUGGAAUAGCCAGCGGGAAGAUCCUCUUCCAGACCAGUGCUGGAGGCCUCGAAACGCUGGUGAUUGGCGAAGCUGUCGGAAAUUCUCAUCAGGCUACGAGCUUGGAAGAUACUGAAGCAGUCCAAGGCAAGCUCAUCCAGAGAACAUUAAGUUUCUACAACCCGGACGAAGAGGCCAUCGAAAUUACGGAACUGCAUGUCUGGCCUGGAGAUUCUCACAAGAAAGCCCUCUGCUCGUCGGCAACUGAUGAGUCGUCACCAACGGAUAAAGUCUCCAGCUGCUUCGCAAAUGGUUUCCCCUCGGCAAUUCUCUCGAAAACAAGGACGAAAAGUAUGCUUCGCACGGAAUGCUAGUUUCACCGGAGAGGCUGGACGAUCCGUGGAUAACACGGUAUUCUCCUGGAAAUACGUUGCUCCAUGACUACGCUCUCAAUCCUAACGUGGAACUGUCAGGGACUUGCGAAAAAGAAUCGUCAGUAGCUGCAGCAUAAGUGACCAAGGCUGCAAAGCAGGACAAUGAAGCAGGAAGUUGGGUACAAACCAACGAUUUGAUGGCACUUAGAAUGGUGGAAGCACUCCUCAAGGUAACUCUGAAGCUAGCAGCUUAAAACUCAAAUAAGCCAGCGGCCAACUUUGUACGUACGUUGUUGAGACAGCGAGAUAUCCGAAAAGCCGGGUUUGGCUGCAAAUCAAAACGAGCCAACAUUAAUUCCUGGACAGGCGCUGUCAUUCGAAAUGGUGCAAAUAGGAGUCAAGGAAAAGAUGUGGAUCAACAUAGUCAAUCCGACGCAAGAGCCCAUACUCGUCAAUCUCAUACUUAACACGGAGGCCAAGUCCCGUAACUGUAAGUAUAGAGCAAACUGGUUUUGGCAAGGCCACAAGCCAGAGGUGUACAGAGAUAGCUAGGUAUUUGCUUUCGACGCAGCCGCUGUGCAGUUUUAUACAAUUUUUUAAUUAAAAUUAAAAU